AGCGUCGGCUGAGCAGCAGCAGACGACGACGGCCCGAGAGGAGUCUUCUGUCGCGGGGGAACAUGGCGUCGGGAGUCGAUUGUGGGGACUCAGAAAACGACAAGCGACGCGGCGGCUCUGGCGAAAAGUGCUGCUCGGACCCGGCCACGGACGACUCCUCCGAAAGCGACGGCGACGCCCAACCGACCAAGGCAUUCCACCGGAGGAUUUCCACCUCGAAGGCCAUCAAAAACGGGGUGUGCGUGAAGGAGGGAUGCCUGCUGAAACAGACAAGUUCGUUCCAAAGGUGGAAGAAGCGAUACUUUCGACUCAAGCCGCGGAAACUCUACUAUGCAAAAGACACCAAGUCUGUGAUUUUUGAGGAGAUUGAUCUCACCGAGCUCAGCGUGGCCGAAUGCAGUACAAAGAAUGCAAACCACAGUUUUCAGAUUAUCACGCCAUUUCGGAGGCUCAUCUUAUGCGCCGAGACGAGAAAAGAAAUGGAAGAUUGGAUCUCAGCCCUGAAGAGCGUUUGCAACAAGGAUUUCUACGAGGGCACCGAACACCAGCAGGAUUUUCUUUCUGGCCAGCACAACUGGUAUGUGACGUCUCAUGCGCGCCCUACCUAUUGCAAUGUUUGCAAGGAAGCGCUCUCGGGUGUCACCUCCCAUGGCCUCUCCUGCGAAGUUUGCAAAUUCAAGGCUCACAAAAAGUGUGCACUCAAGUCUCCAAACAACUGCAAAUGGACAACAUUAUCAUCUGUAGGAAAAGACAUUAUUGAGGAUGAGGAUGGGAACCUGACCAUGCCUCAUCAGUGGAUGGAGGGCAAUCUGCCUGUCAGUGCAAAAUGCUGUGUCUGUGACAAGACAUGUGGCAGUGUUCUCCGGCUGCAGGAUUGGAGGUGCCUUUGGUGUAGAGCCACGGUACAUUCGGCCUGCAAGCCCCAGUGCCCCAUGCAGUGUCCACUUGGUGUCUGUAGAGCUUCGGUGAUUCCCCCAACGGCACUACACAGUACCGGGGCUGGGUCCGAUGAGCCGUGGGAAGCAGUGGUGCCCACUCGUCGGGGCAGCAUGGGAGCAGCCACAGAUCCAUCUCAGCAGGGCCAACCAGGUAGCACACCUUUGCUGGUGUUUGUCAACUCCAAGUCUGGUGACAACCAAGGAGUCCGUUUCAUACGACGCUUCAAGCAGCUUCUCAAUCCAGCUCAAGUCUUUGACCUCAUGAAUGGAGGUCCCAGCCUUGGGCUUAGGAUGUUUCGGGCUUUUGUGCCAUUGCGGGUGCUUGUGUGUGCGGGAGACGGCAGCGUGAGCUGGGUGCUGAGUGAGAUGGACCGGCUGUCACUGCACCGCCAGUGCCAGACGGGCGUGCUCCCACUGGGCACAGGAAACGACCUGGCACGAGUGCUGGGCUGGGGAUCAGUUUGUGACGAUGAUGCCCAGCUGCCACAGCUGCUCGAGAAGUACACCCAUGCGGCUCCACGGCUUCUUGACCGGUGGAGCAUUAUGACUUAUGAAGGAACCAUGCCACUGCCUUCCAGAAAGAUGUCUACUCUGUAUGACCGAAUCACCGUUUACGAAGAUUCUGUGGUUGCUCACCUAUCGCAGAUACUGCACUCUGAUCAGCACUCAGUGGUGAUCUCAUCAGCAAAAGUCCUGUGUGAGACCGUGAAGGACUUCAUUGCCAAAGUGGGUGUUGCCGACUCUUGUGGUUCUACUGAAAUUGACAAAGACUCUAUAUCACAUAAGUGCAAAAUUCUCAACGAAAAACUGGACUCGUUGCUGAAAACUCUGAAAGAAGAGUCACUGGCCAUUGAGCAGUCGGAGCCUGAGGCACAAAUUGGCAAGAAGGAACCGGACGAAGACAAGGAUGAGAAUAGAACAGGCACAGCCCUGAAGCCAACAAAGACAGCAUUUAUACAGCGAGAAGCUCUCAUGUUGAGGGCCAACAGUCUCAAGAAAGCAGUUCGGCAAAUUAUUGAGCACACUGAAAGAGCUGUGGAUGAACAGAAUGCCCAGACCAAAGUGCGAGAGGAGAAUGUGGAGGACGCAGAACAAGUUUAUCGGGAGGAAGAGAAAGGCCACGAGGUGCAGCCACCAUGGACGGACCUUGUAGACCCUGGCGGAGGAAGCACCCUGGUUGCAGAUGCCGAGUUGUCAGCAGAGCUACCUGUGCUGACUACCAGCUUUCAUGAGUCAUCGGAAUGCUGGGACCCCUGGGGCAUUGCCAUGGGACAGAGUGUUGGUGCACCGCUCAAGGACACACUGCAGGUGACUCUGGCCACCAUCGAGGGUGGUCUUAGUGCAGACAGCUCUCCAUGUCCAUCGCCACACUCUCUAAUGGCCACCCCUUCACCAAGUCCUUCACCGUGCAGUGUGUCACCACAGCCGGCCAAGGAAGACUGUCGGCCACAGCGGGAACUUCGCCGGUCAUCACUGAGUCCAUCAUCUUUGCAUCCGACCAGCCUUGCAUUGACGCCCACAACCGAGGAAGACGAGGAUCGCUCAUGGGGGAGUCCGCAGAGGACCUCGCAAAAGAAGAAAGGUGAAAGCAAGAAAGGCUCAGCAUCCAAAGCAAGCAGCAGUGUUGCAACCGCACAGUCGCCUACUGGCUCUCGACGCAUCAGCAGCGGGAGCACUCUGAAACAUCUGGGCCUCUCGUUGCUUCCUGGCGAGCGAAGCCCAUCAGAGGAGCACCCACCCUCUUCCACGCAUGCGCUGAGCACUUCUCAACAGCACCCACUGCAACUACAGCAGCAGCAGCAACAACAGCAGCAGCAGCAGCAGCAGCAGCGCACUUUCCCCAUUAUAAACCCACUGGCGUCACUACCCAUGUGGCCCAACCUCAACCGUGAGAGUCUGGUGGGCAAGGUGCUACUGGCCAAUGCCGAUGCACUCUGCGCGGCUGCCUCUCCUCUGAUGGAUGUUGAAGAUGUCUCAUUGGAAGGCUUUGAAGAAAAGUGUGUCAUGAACAACUACUUUGGCAUUGGUCUGGAUGCCAAGAUCACUCUCGAGUUUCACAACAAGCGGGAAGAGCACCCUGAGAAGUGCAGGUCUCGAACCAAGAAUUUAAUGUGGUAUGGUGUUCUGGGUGGCAAAGAGCUGUUGCAACGCACAUACAAGAACUUGGAGCAGAGGGUCCAGCUGGAGUGUGAUGGACACCGCAUAGCAUUGCCUUCCCUCCAAGGCAUUGUGGUGCUUAAUAUACCCAGUUAUGGAGGUGGCUCCAACUUCUGGGGUGGAAGCAAAGAGGAUGAUGUCUUUUAUGCGCCGGCCAUAGAUGACAAGAUACUGGAGGUGGUUGCCGUCUUUGGUACCGUACAAAUGGCAGCAUCCAGAGUCAUCAAUUUGCAGCACCACAGAAUUGCACAGUGCCGCUCAGUCCGCAUCACAGUGACUGGGGAUGAAGGAGUGCCUGUUCAAGUGGACGGAGAGGCCUGGGUGCAGCCUCCGGGCUACAUUUGUAUAGUGCACAAGAACCGCACCCAAAUCCUGUGCCGCAACAGGUGUGAUGCCAGCAUGAAGCUGUGGCAGGAGCGGCCGAGGCACUUCCAAACAGGACGCCACGGCCAUCACCACUAUCAUCACAGAGGCUCCUUGACUGAGGAAGAGGCUCAGCAGCUCACAACAUUCAGUGAGGCCGUCUCCACCCUUGUCCGAACAAUCAAGACUGCGUCAGCUACAAAUGCUGUGGUGGAACACGAGCUGUUCCUGGCCGCCUCUCAGACUUCCUCUGCGAUCGACCACGUCUUUCCUGGAGGUCACUUGCUAGAGAAUAUGCAGACACGGCAACUGAUAUGUGACCUGGUGGCUAGUGUCCGGCAGCUGUGUCAAGAGACAAGAAUCUUUGCCUCUGAGAAGCUCGAAGAGGCGAAGCUGCCCCCGCAGUUGGAGGAAAAGUUGAUUUCUACUACUACUACUGUCGAAGACGAGCUCCGCAAGUGCUUUGACUUACAAGGCGCAGGAGACGAUGAGCAAGAGCAUAAGCGGCCUCGGAGUCUGUUCAAGCUGAAACUGAAGCGUUCCAAGACAACUGCUUCGUCCUCGUCAUCCUCGACAUCGGUGACUCAGCCACCUGCCAGGAGAGAGCCAUCUCUCUCGAUCAGUAGUGGAGGCGGAACGACUGAUGAUGGCUCAGUAGGUCCCAUCGGCCUAGCUCCAUGCUCGAGUGGGGCCCACUGCGGCACACCGGAAUCUGCUCCUCCCCCACUUUCCAAGUCGCCAGCAAAGUCACCGGCAAAGUUGUUGCAGCGCGGAUCUCCAGAAAUGUUGGCUGCCCUUAGCCUAGGAGUGUCCUCCUGGUCAGCAGAACAAGUGGCCAGCUGGCUGGCAGAGAUCCAAAUGCGAGAGUACCAGGAGCACUUUGUGCGGCACGACAUUCGUGGCCCCGAGCUGCUCAGCCUGGAGAGACGUGACCUCAAGGAGCUUGGGAUCACCAAGGUUGGCCACAUCAAGCGAAUACUUCAGGCAGUGGCAGACCUUAAAAAGCUCUAGCAUUGAGCCAAGGCAUCAGUCACAAAGGAAGCUUGGGAAGAAUCGUGCUUACCAAAUACCAGCUGCGAAAACAUUGGGACCACCACCAAGGAUGAGAUGUCAUGGCCUGAUGACAAUCGAGCUCAUGCUGUAUGUGCUAAAUAGUUGAACGCAACAUGACAUUCCAUCAUACAUUGUGCUAGUCAUGACGCAGGGCCAUUUUAGGUAACUGUAGUCUGACAACCUUGAAUUAGCGUGCUUGGACUGCUCCAGUUUUGAUUUACACUGGGCUCUACUGCCACAUGUUAACUCUUCUGCCACAGCCGCUGACACCAGUAUUCUUUGCAAGCAACAAAUGAGACUGUCGGCCAAUGACUUCCAUUCCACUGUAAAUGCUGGAGCUUACCAGCACACAGUGAAUUGCCUUGUACAGCAUUAUACAGAGCACAAUAUGGUGACUGGACUGAUUAGUUGGGCCUGCAGCAAAUGACAAGUUUUUCACCAUGUGGCGUACGAGUAGAAGCCUAGUGGAGCAGUUCCAAAACAUUGGUGGCCAGGGGUUGUCUGAUAGGAAGCCGUGAUGUAAUUAGAAUUUUUAUCUUUUUCAUAUACAUAUUUUCUAAUGCACCUCGUACAUCUUCGUAAUUGUCAGUAUUGGACUGCACUUGGACGUGAAACUGAAUGUGUGUAUUUAUCGCUACAUCUUUGUGAGUGCUCGAACAUGGGCAUUGCAAUUUUUAUGCUCGAGAUUGCAUGUGUUCCAUUGUUAUUUUCCUUUUGCACUGAUUCGCUACUUAUUUUAUUUCAGUGUGCAGGGUCUAAGGUCACAUGUGAAUAGGAGUGCACACUCAGUGUUUCAAGCUGUUAUUUCCGCAACACCACAUAUGACUUGUGUCCUAUGAGAGAAGAAAGCUUGAGGGCUGUAGUAUCUGCAAUAUCUGUGCACUUUUAUUGCAACAGACAGUUUGUGUAAAUCCAAAACUUGGUUGCCAUGCAAAGCUUUCAUUGGAGCCAAAAGUUGUUCAGGUGUAGACUGUAGCAUAUCCAAAAGGGCAAGCUGGCAGUUUCUGGUACAUCAGUGUCACUCGAGUUCUUCUUGUAUCUCAUCUUUUUUUUAAAUUCAGAAGUAUAGUGUUCUGUAAAUUACAACUCUCAAGCAUCUCCUCUCCAGGAUGAAGCUAACCAGUAGCUAUCCUGUUUCAACACUGCCCCUGCUGCUCACGUCACCUCAGAGCUUAGAGAAGGGAAAUCAGUUUAUAGAGCUCUGGUGGAUAGAGAGGUCUUGUGUUUUUUCACUGCAGACCCUCUGUGGUUGCUAACGUCUACGUUAUGGGAUGGCACUAUAUACUGAUAGUUGCAACGGCCAUUUGCAGUUACCGGCUUCUUUCCUUCCCAUAGAAAUACGUGGGACCAAGAAGUUUGGAAUUUAGUUUCUCACGAAGCAAACAAGUCAUGAAGUGCCCAUUUUAUGAAAAUGUUGCUCUUACAUCUUAGAGUAGCUUUCAAAAGGAGCCAAAAACCUAAAUAGACGUCUAGCUGCAGAAGCCAAUCCACCCACCUCAUUGGAAUACCAGUAGAGAUGCCUUUCAAAGGCGCCUCACUUAAUUCUUCAAGGACCAGUAGUACGGUCAUUUUUUCAACAGCUGCCGAAUGCAUGUCGCAGCAACUCUUGCAAAAUAUUAAGGGCAGCAUCGACCAUAGCAGCUGAGAUAUAUUAAUUCGAUAAGUGCUGCUCAGUGACCAUUGAGGGGAAACUUGCUUUUCCCAUUUUGCGUCGAUGUUAAUAAAAAAACACGAGCAGACUUUCUCAUUUCCAGGACACAUGUCCUAUGCAUUCCCUCUUCACCAAAAUCUCUGCUCACUGUCGAGAAUAAUGGAUAAAGAACAGGCUGAAAGUUAAAUGGCCAAAUGCUAUGCGGUAGCAGAUGACAGUGACAGCAGUUCCUUUGAAGGUAGGCUCGCAGUGUGUCUCUGAAUGCAAAUCUGUGGACCAGAGUUUCAGAAUGAAAUGAAGCUUUGCAGGGCAGGCAACAUUAGGAUUCUGCAAACUGCAAAAUGUUGAUUAACUGAACAAUAUUACUGGAGAUCUCUGGGGCUGCUUACGUUCAACAUUUAUGUGAUGGCUGAUCACUGAAAAUGGCCUACAGAUAAAAUAUUUUCCUCAAUGAAAUAAAUUGUGUAAAUUUAAUUUUAUUAGUGUGUUAUGUGUUGUUCACUAUAAAUGUGUUUUUGGUUAGAAUAUUAUUCAUUUAGCUAAAGCACUUAAGUGAAAAUUCAGCCUUUAAGAACUGUUACUACUCAGUAAUGCGCAUGUCUGCAGCCAGCUUUUGAAACCCCUUGUCAACAAUGAAGUGCACAACGUGUUCAUACAUUGGCCUGACAAGAUUUUAUGUUGUGGCAUAUGGACAGUUGCUGCAGUUUCAACAAUGGGGGCAAUUACUACUAAAAAUUUGUACGAAUGUUAUCAGUGUAUACAAAGCUCCACCAAAGUUAUUUGAAACAUAAAAAUGCAAGAUGUAUCAUUCUCUUUGUCAUGCUGAUGUUUUAAAACAUAGCCACUAUAGUACAUUAUUUGUGUUGCUCAGUGGGCACCACACCUGAAAAGCAAAAUUAAAUCACCUUUCCAGCCUUGUCCUUUGUGUAAGCACCUCCCGAUGCACAUGUCUUGUUCUCACCGUCUCUCGUGUACAUACAGCAGCACUUUUAUAGCUGCACACACCAGCAAUACCAUUUGUGCCAACCGGAACUCAUACCUCUGUCCCAUCACCAUGUGUAGUACCAAGCCCAAAGAUAUCUCAUUCAC